GGGGAGGGGCGCCUCGUUCCGGUCACGUGGUCGGCUCGUACAGUUCCACGCGGCGAGUCCCCAGGCUCCGUGAGCUCUGCUGCGAGGAGAGGAGCGAUGCUCCUGUUCUGCCCGACGUGUGGGAACGUGCUCGUGGUGGAGGAGGGGCAGAAAUGCUUCCGCUUCGCCUGCAACACUUGCCCCUAUGUGCACAGCAUCACGCGCAAGAUUACGUCGCGGAAUUACCCGAAGCUGAAGGAGGUGGACGAUGUGCUGGGUGGAGCCAAGGCCUGGGAGAACGUGGACUCCACCGCAGAGCAGUGCCCCAAGUGCCAGCACCCCCGCGCGUACUUCAUGCAGAUCCAGACGCGCUCGGCCGACGAGCCCAUGACCACCUUCUACAAGUGCUGCAACGCGCAGUGCGGCCACAACUGGCGCGAGUGAUCGGUGCGGCGCGACGCUGGCAGGCCGCAGCACCGCCCGUGAUGGGGCGGCGACGACGACGUCGUGCGGUCUCUUUAAUGCCCCCCCCCGAGGCAGCGGACACGACGGAACGGUGUGGAGGACGCUUUGUUGAUCCCCUUGCGGAAAGGAUCGUGUGGUGGCUUCAUUUGUGGACCCGUCCGGCAAAGGUUCACCGUGUGACGGUGCCAGUGAGAAACAUUUUGUGAAGUGAUACACACACACACACACGGGCACAGGAACUAUUACAUUAUCGCUGAAUGUUUUCCUGGUAGUUGGUAGACCUGGGAAGUGUUCGUCUUCUGAAGAUGGCUGAUGUUGAUGUCGAUCAACAAGUAUAAUUUUACAUUAAAGCAGUUGAGCCAGAUAAUCGCUUUCAGUAGUAGCGGAGUGUUUCGCUGGGAUGACUGGGCAAUGGUGCGUGAAUACUAAUCACGGACAUGGCGGGAGGUAUCCUGGAUGUGAAUGUAUUUUCUGGGUCACUAACGCAGCUGUAGUUAGGACGUUCGAAUCACGAGGGUUGUGAGCUCGAAUCCAGGUCAGAGGUCAACCAGGAGCCCAGUCCAUCAGGGGUCAGUGAAAUGAGUGCCAACUCUUGUAGGAAGGGAAAUAAUAAAAUAAUAUAAAACUAUAAAAUAAAAUAAUUCUCACGACGUUGCGGCCACAACACAACAGAGCUGUCGGAAAGAAAGCGUCCCAAUGAAGGAAGUUAACAGUGAAACUGGCCCCCGUCGUAGAAAUGUGGAUUUUCCGCCACUGCCUCGAAGUCGGUAAGGGAGAUAAGUCUGGCCUCCAUUGCUCGUAUGAUCGACGACUUGACUUGCAACAGGAAGGGACACUAUAAUUGGAUAGACAAAUAUGAUGACGUAGACAAAUAUGAUGACGAAGACCAAGAUGAAGACCCCGUACCUCCGAUUAGCAGUUUGCUACGUACGGCGCGAAAGAAGUUCAACAUACAUACUCAAGGAGUUAUCUGAACCAGAGAGAGAAAAAAAAACACCAAUCUCCUUCACUGAUCUCAAAACUUGGCAUGAUUGUUACUUUGAUUUGUACAUAUUUUUCUCAAUUGAACUGACAUCAGUUCCUGGAACCAUGCAAAACACAGGAUUCAGAGUUACACUCAGCACUGCUUUCUGGCAUCAGAUGUUUUGUGUCCUAACUUUAAAGUGUUGCUUAUUUUGUACUGCACAGCAAUAAAAACCCCCAUAAAAAUAUUUUAAAGUUGCCACAAGACACAUUCAGCCAAACGAGCAUAAGUCACGGGUGGGAUUUAAUCGGACAUCAGAGCGAAGUUAUUGUCACGAAUGAUAAAUGAGGAUCACUUGCUUCUCCAUGUUUGCGUUUCAUCAUCCUUUAUUUCAACGCAAAUGCCUCCAGUGUGCCGUUUCACGUUUGAACAUUAAAUAAGUGUGCGAUGCACGCCGACGACUGACACGCGAGUUGCACGCAAAGUCGAUCCUCGUUAGAAAUAAGAAGAUGCAACGGGUCGGUGUGACAUGCGUUCGAAACAAAGUUUAAAAACUAAUUUCAACUACCGCGCUGAGACGCAAAGCGGAUUCAUGACAAGGCGAACAAAAGUGCCUCUAUGACUUCGCAAUACAUUACUCGAUUAAAAAUUCAAGUGUC